CGUCUACAAAGCGGAGAUGCCUCGAUCGGCCACCGUACUCGCCGUGAAGAAGCUAUGGAGAUCCGCCGCGGAUAUCGAGGACGGAACCACCGGAGAUUUCGUCGGCGAAGUGAACCUCUUGGGGAAGCUACGGCACAGGAACAUCGUGAGGCUCCUCGGAUUCUUGUACAACGACAAGAACAUGAUGAUCGUGUACGAGUUCAUGCUCAACGGCAACCUCGGCGACGCGAUUCACGGGAAAAACGCCGCCGGGAGGCUCUUGGUGGACUGGGUGUCGCGUUUCAACAUCGCGCUCGGCGUAGCUCACGGCCUCGCUUACCUCCACCACGAUUGUCAUCCUCCGGUGAUCCACAGAGACAUCAAAUCGAACAACAUCUUGCUCGACGCGAAUCUCGACGCCAGAAUCGCCGACUUCGGCUUGGCCAGGAUGAUGGCGAGGAAGAAAGAAACCGUUUCGAUGGUCGCCGGUUCUUACGGUUACAUCGCUCCCGAGUAUGGAUACACACUGCAGGUGGACGAGAAGAUAGACAUUUACAGCUACGGCGUCGUUUUACUUGAGCUGUUAACCGGAAGAAGACCGUUGGACCCGGAGUUUGGAGAGUCUGUGGAUAUUGUGGGGUGGGUGAGGAAGAAGAUAAGAGACAACAUAUCUUUGGAAGAAGCAUUGGAUCCUAACGUUGGAAACUGCAGAUAUGUUCAAGAAGAGAUGCUUUUAGUGCUACAAAUAGCUCUUCUCUGCACCACGAAGCUCCCUAAAGACAGACCUUCGAUGAGAGACGUGAUAUCGAUGCUCGGGGAAGCUAAACCGAGGAGGAAAAGCAAUAGUAAUGAGGAAAACACUAGCCGUGGUGGCUUGGCCGAGAAACAGCCAUCGGUGUUUAGUGCUUCACCUGUAAAUGACCUUCUUUAGGGUGUGAUGGAAGAAGAAGAGGAGACAAGAAUGUGGCUUAAAACUGAUGUGUAUGUAGAAGAGGGAGAGAGAGAGAUAUUUGAUCCUUAUGAUUUGCCGCUUUACAUGUAGAAUAACUUUGCUCUCUUUACAGAUAUUUAUUAACUUGUGCAUUGCUCUGAAACGUUUGGUGAUUUACAAACUUGAACAAUAUAGCUAACUAAAUAAAAUGGCAGAGCCAAGGCAAAGAUAUUCUUACAUUGUUGUUGUCUUCUCUUUGAUCUG